AUACGGAUUCUCACUUGUUCGUUCCGCACGUAAUUUUGUUGUCGAAACAUUGAGGCGUCGCUGCGUUGUUUCGUCACCGAACAUCACGAAUGUGAUAGAUAGGACAUUCACAUAAUUCAAUCAAGUGUUCGUUGGGAUUUAGUGUCCACCGUUAUUCGUCAAGAAGGCACAGGGUUGAAAGAGCAGACGAGUGAGUAAUCGCGAUGGAAUCGACAACCAAUAUAGAACCACAAUCUCCGAUGGCAGCAGAAACUGCGAUGGCCAACGGGAAUGGUUCCCUGAAGGAGCAAACAACCACCACAGCAGCAGUGGCGGCCACCAUUCAAAGUCCCGAACAGCAGCAACGGCCUCGAAAGUUGUCCUUCGACGACAGCGACAUGGAGAUGACGAAGCUGAAACUUGGGGCAACGGUGAGACGGUUUCCAGCUUCGAAGGUUUUUACAGCUGCCGCUGUGUGUGCCAUAGUCAGUCUAUUGAUACGGUAUUUACUGCCGUUUGAUUUUGGGUCAUUCAAGGCAGCGCUCGCGACGCUCGAACGAUGGCGCCAGUCAGCCACGGAGCGGAUCGUACUGGACUCCACCCGAGGAUACGCUGCCCUGCAGGCCACCAUGAAGGACACCUACGCUAAUGCACGGGGCCUUCAGGAUCCCUCGCUGAUUUUGUUUGCUACGUUAUUUGCCGCGACCGUCACGUGGUUCACGUACUACGUGGUGUACCUGGACAGUAGCAUCCCCGGGGUCAAUCCACCGACGCCGUUUUCCGCCAGCAAGAAGAAGAGAUUUUCCGACAAGGAGCGUCGAUUCCACCUCGGAUACGUUACGGCACUACUGAGUGGACUCACCGUGUUUAUGAUCAUCGUGCUGGUUGACUAACUUCCUAUGUUCUAGUCUUCCGAAUCUAAAUUGAAUAGGAUACCUAUACCUAGGAUGGGUAACCCCAACAUUCUGAACCAUAUGCCUACGAGUAAAAAAGUAGAAUUUUCCUCUAGUAGCUGCCCCAUACUAUUGAUACUAUUUAUUGCGCAGUUUUCCAUGCAAAUUAAAUACUAAACCAGUUCAGGAGCAGCUUUAGUUCUUAAUAACGUGCGCAUUUCGAAAUAUUAUAGUUUAAAUUGUAAAUAACCGAAAAUCAUAAGACUAACAUUUUAGUUAUGUAAUGCUCGUUCUACGUUAAAGAAAUGGCAGUGUCUUAGUUCGUUUAAGGUAAAAUCCUACUUUUGGUGCAAAUACAAUAAGAAUAUAUGAA